CAACCAUCGUCUCUCCUACUAGGAACGUACGUAGCAGCAGCUGCCCCAACUCGAGAUCGAUCGAUGACGACCAUGGCGGUAGCGGAGCAGCAGCAGCAGCCGGUGAGCCCUGUGGAGAGGCUGAUGAAGGACCUGUACGUGGUGGUCUCCAUCGGGCUGGCCACGCCACUGAACCUCGCCGUCUUCCGCGCGGGCGUGGAGGCCCAGCUCGCUCGCCACCCCUACUUCCGGAGCAUCCAGGUGACGGACGACAAGGCCGGCGGCGGCACGGGCACGCCGCGGUGGGUGCCCACGACGGUGAACUUGGACGACCACAUCGUCGUGCCGGCGUUGGAUCCGGCCACGGCCGCCGCCGACCCGGACAGGGCCGUGGAGGACUACCUCUCCUCGCUGUCCACGCUGCCCAUGGACCACACGCGCCCGCCCUGGGACUUCCACUUCCUCGACGUCCGGACCUCCGAGGCCGCCUCCACCGUGGCGCUGCGCGUGCACCACGCGCUCGCCGACGGCAUGGCGCUCAUCACGCUCCUCCUCUCGUCCUCCCGCAGCGCCGCCGACCCGGCCAUGGCCGCGCCCCUGCCCCCGCCGCCGGCGCGCACCGGCGCCGUCUACGCGCCGCCCGGGCAGCAGCGGCGGCAACAACAGCAGCAACUACCUCUCCUCGCGUGGAUCUGGUCGUACGUCGUUCUCGCGUGGCACACCAUGGUGGACGUCGCCGCCUUCGUCGCCACCAUCUUCUUCAUCGGAGACACGCACACGCUGUUCAAGCGAGCAAACCAUGGCGGCGGCGGCGGCGGCUCGCGCCGUCGCAUGCGUUUCGUCCACCGGACCUUCAGCCUUGACGACGUCAAGUUCAUCAAGAAUGCCAUGCACUACACUGUCAAUGAUGUGCUUAUUGGAAUAACUUCUGCUGCUCUAUCACGAUAUUUUUUCCGGAGAACUGGUGACACAAAGACAAGGGAAAUAGUACUGCGAUCAAUAGUCCCUGUCAACACAAGGCCAGCCGCUAGCCUACAAAGGGAUGUUAAUAUGAUAGAAACUGGUAAGAGCAAUGCUGUGAGAUGGGGAAACCGACUGGGCUACAUCAUCCUCCCAUUUCAUCUAGCCAUGCACGAUGAUCCGCUUGAAUACGUUCGCAAGGCAAAACAGGUUAUAGAUAGGAAAAAGAACUCACUAGAAGUGCUCGUCGUGCAUUUGUCUAUUGAAAUUGUCUUCAAAGUAUUUGGUCCAAAGGCAGGAGCUUAUAUCUUCAAUAAACUGCUCUCAAAUACAACCAUGGCUCUCUCGAACUUGAUUGGGCCACCUGAGCAGAUAGAGUUAUGUGGUCAUCCAGUUGCCUACAUUGCACCUAGCGUCUACGGGCUUCAACAAGCUAUUACAGUGCACUACCAAAGUUACAACAACACCAUCAAAGUCGUUCUAGCUGUUGAUGAGGAACAGUUUCCAGAUUCUCGCCAACUCUUGGAUGACUUUGCCGAGUGCCUGAAGCUUACCAAGGACGCCGCUGCAAAGACGACGAUGUCAACAAAAAUGAUUAAGAACGAGUAAGGAGCUGGGUGAAUGCUCCAGGUCAAGAGCUAGAGAUAUAUAUACAUAUAUAAUAUGUUGAUAUAUGUUGGUGCUUUACUUACUGGCCUGGUACUAAUAUAGUGCGUACGGUGUGUACCAUGGUAAUAUAUAUGUGAUGUCGAGUAAUUAGUAAUAAUGUGUUAUGUUGUAUC